UUCUUACUUUAUUAUCUACUGACGAUGAUGAUUUUAGGUUUUACCUUACUUGUAUCUUAUUAUUAUUCGGUUUUGCUUAUUGAUAUCCCUACUACAAUGCGAUCAAAAACUUAGAACUUUUUUUUACCCAAGUUGCUUGUAUAUGCUGGCUCAUAAUUAUUUCAAACAACGAUGGAUUUCCAAGCACAGAAACAAUCCGCCAAAACUGGCGGUGGAGAAACUAGUUACCAGCCUAAUUGUGAAGAAGAAGAAGAAGCAGCUGAAUAUUGGCCAUUAUCAGGUAGUAAACCAUAUUUUAUUGUGGUUCUUCCCAAUUCCAACCCCUUGAAGCCAUUUCAAGUGCGCAUCCCCCGAGAAGUGUCUGACAAGAUUCCAACUACUACGGUCCUUGCUAAGAUAGUAUACCAGGGGAAGGAGUGGGACCUACCUUACCUUCCUGAUAGGGAUAAAAAAAAGUUUGCGACUCAAGCAUGGGGAAAAUUUGUGAGAGAUAUGGAUCUUAAAGUUGGGGAUGCAUGUGUGUUUGAGUUGAUGGAGAUCAUCUCUAAGGGUGCUGUUGUAAAGUUUAGAGUUCAGAUCCUCAGAGAUAAUUUCCCAUCUGAACUGGUAGAAAAAGCAGAAGGAAGUGAAAGCAAUCCUAUUGAAGUAUUGUAGGAUUCACCAUUUAGUUUUAUGUGUUUCUGAGUCAUGAAGUUGUUGUUUUUGUUUAUAUGGGUAAUGGGUUAUGGUUCCAUAAUCAUCUAGUUCUGUUGUAGUUUCGAAUAUAUUGUUUGCUGAAAUAGUUGAUUUAUGGUUAAUUUA